CCACAGCUCCACAAAUUAAAAAGAUGUUCAACUCUCCAUUUUCCGUCACUGCUUCACUCUCAAAGUAGAGAGAUGGCUUCUACUUCUGCAGCUUACAUUACUACUUUCACUUCUAAUCUUCAUCAAAUCAAACAAAAACCUUUUUUCCCAAGUAAAUGUACAGAUUUAUUUCACCCCUUUUCUCCUCUAAAUCUCAAGAACCCAAAAUUCUUGAAGUUUCCUAAAAUGACUCUCUCAAAUGAAUGUGUGGGUACAGAAAAUUUCAACUCCACAAGAACAAAUUAUAAUUACAACGAUGCCACUACUGCUAAGUUUUACAAAAGGAUGGAUUCUUGUUUGGUAAUUCCUCCACCAAAGGGUAAAAAACCCAAAGCUAUAAUCAAAUUUGUUGGUGGUGCUUUUAUUGGAGCUGUUCCUGAAGUUUCUUACAGUUAUUUGCUUGAAAAUUUGGCGAGAGAAGGGUAUUUGAUAAUAUGUGUGCCUUACAAUGUGACAUUUGAUCAUGCCCAAGUCACAAGACAGGUUUUCGAGAGAUUUCAUGCUUGUUUUGGUUCAAUUUUAGCAUCAGGGUUGCCUGAUUCUGGCCUUUCUGCUGCUGGCAUUGUUGAUUUGCCACUUUACUCUGUUGGCCACAGUAAUGGUGCUCUUAUUCAAGCACUUACAGGAAGUUAUUUUUGUGAGAAGAUACCUAAGGCUAAUAUUAUAAUAUCGUACAAUAAUAGGCCAGCGUCAGAGGCAGUGCCAUAUUUUGAGCAG